AUGGGCCUAUGCAACAAAACGGCAGUGAAACUCGUCCUCAAGGGUACACCAAAACCGGUAUAUCGUCCAAAACGUCCGGUAGCAUACAGUAUGGAAAACGUAGUAGAAGAUGAACUCCUUCGGUUGGAAUGCAACGGCCUAAACGCUGUAUUGGAGUCAAAUAACUAUCCACUGCCCUUACCAGAGGAUAUUUUCGCUAAAAUGGCCAAUUGUCGGAUUUUCAGUCACAUUGACUUAUCCGAUGCUUAUCUACAAGUACCAGUGGAUGAAGCCAGCCAACCGUUUCUCACCAUCAAUACCCAUGAAGGCCUUUUCCAGUUCACGCGACUAUCACCCGGUAUCAAAGCAGCUCCGGGAGCCUUUCAGCAGUUGAUGGAUUCAAUGCUUGCUGGUCUCAAACGCACCACUGGUUACCUGGAUGACAUUUUGGUCGGAGGAAGCACAGAAGAGGAACAUCAACACAACCUGCAGAUGGUUCUUCAUCGUUUACGCGAUUACGGUUUUACCGUACGCAUAAACAAAUGCAAUUUCUACAUGCAUCAGGUGAAGUACCUGGGCCAAAUUCUUGAUGCUGAUGGAAUACGACCGGAUUCAGACAAAAUAGCUCCAAUCAACAUCGUCUACCAGUCAAUACAAGCUUUACCACUUUCGUUCAAGCAAGUCAGAGAUAGAACCACAUCCGAUCAUGAUCUGCAACAAGUCAUGCGGUUCGUCAACGAUGGGUGGCCCUCAAAGAAAGCAAGUAUAACCGAUGCACAAGUUCAACAGUUUUACUUACGGCGUGAUGGACUGUCCGUCGUAAAUGGAUGUCUUCUUCAUGGUGAGAGAUUGGUGGUGCCAUCCUGUUCCAGAAAACGAGUGCUACAGCAGUUACAUACUGGGCAUCCGGGAGUUGAACGCAUGCGGUCAAUAGCCCGACAGUAUUUGUAUUGGCCAAACAUCGACGAAGAUGUUUCGAAGCUCGUUCGAUCCUGCGGGGAAUGUGCAAGUGUCGCUAAAACCGACAGGAAGACAAACCUUGAGUCUUGGCCGGUUCCUGAAAAGCCGUGGCAAAGGUUGCAUCUAGAUUUCGCAGGUCCAAUGGAUGGACAAUACUAUCUCAUUCUAGUCGAUUCCUACUCAAAAUGGCCAGAAGUUGUGCGAACUAAGGACAUCACGACAAAAACAACCUUGCACAUACUUCGUGGAAUCUUCGCCAGAUAUGGACAACCUGAAACGUUAGUUACAGAUAACGGGCCUCAACUAACUAGCGAGCAGUUUGAAGCUUUUUGUGAUACUAACGGUAUCAUGCAUCUGAAAACUGCCCCGUUCAUCCGCAAUCAAACGGAUUAG